UGAAUUUCUGUGCUGGGCACAUGAUACAAUAAAAAGGUGGUAACCCUAGUGUUGUUCUACAUUAGCAUAUAUGUACAUCAAGAUAAAGCAUGGAAAGCAUAACAGAUAAUAUUGCUUGUUUUGUAUCUCAGUUAUACUUGGAGAUCAACACAGCAACAGCUGCCUGGUACUAUAGCCAUAUGUCAUCCCAUCAAUUAAUUACUCCCAACAACAUUGAUUUUUUAUUAGUACAUACUUCAGAUAAUACCCUACCCCUCUCCUUCCCAUUUAAUUCCCUCAGCUUUUGAUUUGUGACCUAUACCGGUGCUGUGAUGCAUCGAUUGGUCUCGUCGCUGAUGGAUUAAGCUACCAAUAUAGCACACAGCAAGUUUGCAGAGAGCUGAGAGAGAGGGAGAGGGAAAAGCCCUGCCCAGAACUGAAUGCAAGAGAGCAGCCGCUGCCGUCCUAACCUGCAUGGUUUCAGCCAGCCAGCCAGCCAGCAGCUGCCACUGUCUUGAGGGUAAGCAGGACUCCCUUCUGCAAGAUUUCUUCUCCACUAGAGGAGGGAGGCAGCUACAUUGGAGUUGCUGGAGAGAGCCUUCCUUGCCCCAAACUUGCUCACCAGAACUGAACAUUUCAAGGAUCUUUGCAGUUGGUGGCACAGUUGCAAUACCAAGGAAGAGAUGAACUGAAGAUUAAACAUGUAUGGGAAUUAUCCACACUUCAUCAAGUUUCCCACAGGCUUUGGGAAUUCUCCAGUUCCCACCAAUUCUGCACCUACAAAUCUGGCACCAGCUUCUGCAGGGAAUUCCAUAGAUGGUCAGCCCAACUACCUUGAGGUUCCCCUCAGUGCUUCGAGGACUCUUUCCUCCCCAAUGAACUCAGUUGGGUCUGCUAAUGCCCUGGGCUCUCCAUAUAGGGUCAUUGCAUCCUCUGUUGGAUCACAUUCUGUUCCUUUGGCUUCACCACCAGGCAUGAAUUUUGCUACACAUACCAGCCCACAGCUCAAUGUCAUGAACAGUGUUAGCAGCUCUGAAGAUGUGAAGCCCCUGCCAGGCCUGCAAGGGAUGGGGGCCAUGAAUUAUGCAUCCACAAGCCCAGGAUCCCUGACCAAGCACAUCUGUGCCAUUUGCGGGGACCGCUCAUCAGGGAAGCACUAUGGAGUAUAUAGCUGUGAAGGCUGCAAAGGCUUCUUCAAGCGAACCAUAAGGAAAGACCUCAUCUACACAUGCCGUGAUAACAAAGACUGCCUGAUUGACAAGCGCCAGCGGAAUCGUUGCCAAUAUUGUCGCUAUCAGAAAUGCCUAGCAAUGGGCAUGAAGCGAGAAGCAGUUCAAGAGGAGAGGCAGAGGAGCAGAGAACGGAGCGAGAAUGAAGCCGAGUCCCCCACCACUAGCAAUGGUGGUAAUGAAGAUAUGCCUGUGGAGAGGAUCUUAGAAGCUGAAAUGGCUGUUGAACCCAAAACGGAGUCAUAUGGUGACGUGAGUGCCGACAACUCGACCAAUGACCCUGUCACUAAUAUCUGCCAUGCUGCUGACAAGCAGCUUUUCACAUUGGUGGAAUGGGCCAAGCGGAUCCCACACUUCUCGGACUUGACAUUGGAAGACCAGGUCAUCCUUCUCCGAGCAGGGUGGAAUGAGCUGCUGAUUGCCUCUUUCUCCCAUCGCUCUGUCUCUGUGCAGGAUGGUAUCCUGCUGGCCACUGGCUUACACGUGCACCGGAGCAGUGCGCACAGCGCUGGGGUGGGCUCCAUUUUUGACAGAGUCUUAACUGAGCUGGUGUCCAAAAUGAAAGACAUGCAGAUGGACAAAUCUGAGCUAGGGUGCCUACGAGCCAUUGUCUUGUUCAAUCCAGAUGCCAAGGGCCUGUCCAGUCCUGCAGAAGUGGAAUCAUUACGUGAGAAAGUUUAUGCUGCUCUGGAGGCUUACACCAAACAGAAAUAUCCCGAGCAACCUGGAAGGUUUGCCAAGCUCCUCCUGAGACUGCCUGCCCUGCGAUCAAUUGGUCUGAAAUGCCUGGAGCAUCUCUUCUUCUUCAAGCUGAUUGGUGACACCCCCAUCGACACCUUCCUCAUGGAGAUGCUGGAGACACCACUGCAGAUCACUUGACCCUGACUGGAGGAUGCUGAACAGGUUGAGGUGGAGAGGAGGAGUGAAACAAAUGGAUGAAUGGUGCUGAUUGUUUCCAUUUAAGAUGUUGUGGUCCCAGUUUGCUUGUGCUCGUUUCCGUUCUCCUACCCUUCAGUGUGGGGUGUAAUAGGGGAAUGGGGACAUCUUUAUGAACGUUGAUCUUUUCAAAGGUGGAAUUUUGUCCAGAGGCAUACUUGCUACUUUAGCCCUGGCUGGCAGCUGGGUGGGACAGGAUGUCCUGUAGGUUGUCAAUAACAAACUUUGCCACCUGUACAAAUAAUGGAGUUUAAAUUAUUUUUUCACUUCCAAUAAAAUGAGAAAUAAAAUAAUAUAUCAUUGUUGGUGUUGAA